AUGAGCCUCUCGCAGAUUCUUGCCAAUUCCUUCCCUGGUGUAUUGGGAGAGUCGGGGAAUGUGAUCUCUGUCUGUUUUGUGGGAGUUGCUUUGCUGCUUUUGACAGUACUGGUACACUACAUAUUCACACAGCGUUGUGAUGAGAAGAAGAAGAAUACACAUGAGGGUAACAGCAAUGAUAAAUUAAAGGAUAAUAAUAAUAAUAAUAAUAAUAAUAAUAAUAAUAAUAAUAAUAAUAAUAAUAAUAAUAAUAAUAAUAAUAAGCAUGAAAAUGAAGAAAAAUUACAAACCAAGAAGAAUACCGUAGUUGCUAGUUCUACUACAGAAAAAAAAUCUGUACAAGAAAAAACAUUAGAACCUACCUCUAUUAUACGUGGUUUCCCUGAAGUAGAUGCACUUAUUCUUUCACCUUGUCAACGAUUUUUAUUCAUUAAUUGCCGCAGCAAGCGACGGGCACGUUUGUAUCCACAAAACUCUAAUCGAGCUUUUAUGUCACGUGGAAAAGAGUUACAAGAAAAAUAUUUUGUUUCUGUUGACGAUGCCGUUAUGCAGGCUUCAGGUGAUGAUGGAAAGAUAGAAGUACGUUCUGCGGCCUUUUCAUAUGAUGGUUCUAAUUUGGUGGUGGGUGAGAGGAAUAGUGAUUGUUUUUUUGUAUUUUCAAUUGGUAAUAAUUGUCAAUUAACACUACAAACACGUUGUAAAUUACCCGGCCGUCGACUGGUGUCUACUCUCCCACCAUGGGGAGUGGCCGGUGAAAAUUCUGAACUUAUUGUGAUGCUGCAUGAGAAGGACUCUGAAGUUGAAGUUUUUAACCUUCACACGGCGGUAUUUCUUGGGAAAAAGAAAUUUAAAGUGGGAAAUGCAUUAGCAUGGGCACAACAGAAUACCACUAUUGCAGUAGGUGGUUCAUUUCUUCGAGAAGCACGUGUGGCAACACUGCAGGUCCUUUCAGAUAGGAAUGAGUUUAACCUACAAAGUAGUGUACACGUGGAGAGUGAUGUGAAGUUGCGUGUGCUGGCAAUAGCACUUACUGCCAAAAAUGUUCCUUCAUUCAAUACAUGUGAAUAUCUUCUCGUUUUUACAGAAGAUGGCUGUGGUAAAAUCUAUAAUAUUGAGUCAAGUACUGUAAAUGCCAAAGUAGAAUGCGAACCAACUCUUGUUGGGGAAUUUACGGAUUCUGCCUUCACAGGGUGGGAUCCGGAAUCCCCUCUUCAAAUGAGUGUAUGUACCUAUGGUACCUCACAUCACGAACGACUUGCUGUGGCGCUUUACCGCGGUGCUGACGUUGUGGUUUAUCGCCAAUCAACAACAACUACUGCUAAUUCUUCUUCUUCUACUGCUACUGCGCUCUUCACAUUGGAGCCCGUUAUGCGACUGCCUAAUUGCCAUGAAGGUGAUCGUGUGGAUCGGGCAGUAUUCGUGCAGAACGGUGAGGGUCUCGCUACGAGUGGCGGUGCGGACGGCAGACACGUUCGACUGUGGACACUUCCGCCCAUUUCCAACUAG